AUGGACAAGUUGACAUUGAAACCGCGUAAGGCGGUGGUGGAGGAACCCAUGGAGUGCUGGGACGACGAUGAUCUAGACAUUGGAGGCGAUGAUUUCACAUUCCGAAGCGCGUCAUUGGCAACGACAGCGACAUCACACCACCGCGAUUCCGUAUCUUCACGAUUAUCUUUACGCUCUGACUUUGAUUCGAAUCAUGGGGAUGAGGAGAAAUACAUCCAUCUGCCUGGAGACGAUGAGAAGUCAACUAUAGACGCGGUAGCUUCGGCAGCAAGAGCCGGAAUACCAAUACCACAGAACGUACCUGCUUCGGCACUGACGGGUGGCACAAUUAAACGACUCGGCGGAAGGAAAAUCAAGAAGAUCAUACAAGAUGAUUGGGAUGAUGGGGACCUCGAAUUUCCAGGCGAAGGUGGAUUGACUAUCAAGAGACCAGAUGCGUCGAAAUUUCCCGAUGCGUUGCGACAAGUCAGCGCUGGAUCUACGCAAGCCAGUCCAGUGAAGACUCUACAGCCUGCACCGAAAUUCAACUUGAGCCCUCGGCCAGAUCUGAAACCGAAAACAGCAUCUACAAACGUCAUGCUUGAUCGAUUUCGUGAUGACGAGGAUGAUGAUUUCUUUGGAGAUGGAGGAGACACCAUUAAAGUAUCCAAAGGCCGCCAAGCACCCAAAGUUUUACCUCUCGUCACGCCUCCAACUCCUCAGAAAGCAGAGAAUCAAGCUGAGGGAGAUGAUGACUUCGAACAAGAUUUCCAACUACCCUCUAGCAAUGAGCCACUUAGACUGUCAACUCGCCGCGAGAUUCCGAAAACACCAGUCAGUACCCAGGAUGAUGCAGAUGAAUGGGGAGAAGGUGGUAGCUUGGGUACCAGGCAUGGGGGCACGAAGAGAGAUCGUAACUCGAACAGAAGCUCGUCCGCGACUGCACUCAGUCCAAGUGUAUCAAGUUCAUUGACCAUUGAAAGCGAGGAUGAAGGUCUAGACGGACUUGUGCUCCCAAGUGGGCCCCUCCACUUCGACGACAUCCUCAAGAGGAGGCAGCAAGAUCGCUCGCCUGAUCACGAAACUACCGACAAGCACGUUGCAAAGCGUACAGAAGCCAAGGACGAUUUCCUCUCUGGUCUCGAGAUCGGGGAUGGAGAUGUGUUUGAUUCUAACAAGCUCACACUUAAUCGUAACAUAAAGAUGAAAACGACACGCCAGACAAGUCCUACUCGUCCUAAGACUGCCGUCGCACUCGUCUUCGGUAACCAGCAGAAAGAAAAAGAAAAGCCAGCCCCAUCCACCACAUCACGACUUCCUCGCCCACUCGGUGGUCACGAACGCCAUCCAUCAUCACUAGAACCUGUUUCGGAGAGCGGUGGACCCAUUCUCAGAAGUAGUCGCAGAUCUCAAUCGAGGAUGGGAGGUCAUUCGUCACACUCUUCCAUCACAAGUGUUGCAACACCCACGACACCAUCCUCAGUCCACUCAUUACCUCCUACAACGCCUCGUCGGCGAGACCUAGGGGGAAAGCCAUCCAUCACCGCUCUUCGCAACGAGCCUACAACGACUAAUGCACAAUUGCUGAAGCUGAAGCGGUCGAUGCCGACGAUGCGUUCAUUUCCUCAGUCUCCAGCAAAACCAAUUGGUUCCCGUUAUGAGAGACCUCCUUCCCGUACGGAUGGCAGCAGGACUAACAUGAUGUCUCGGCCCAAGACCCCUGUUGAAAGAGACCGUACUGGAGCCGAAUCAAGCAUGUCUCAUGCAAGAAAGAAUCCAGUGCCCUUCCUCCCGGCAGGAACUUCAAGCGCCCAGUCGCAUCAUGUUACAAUCAAAACCUCCCGUCAUUUCCGUCGGCACGAUUCUGAGUCUUCCACCACCAGUAUUGAGCUUCGUCCCUCAUCUCGCGCGGUGUCCAGAUCAACUAUGAGAUCCCCAAGUCCGCGACGGCCUAGAGGGGUUGACGCCUUGGCACGGGAAGCUGCACCAAAACGGACCAUGACCAAACCGGUUCGUCGAAAGCAAUUUGGUGAUGGUUUUGAGUUGGAUGGAUUUGAUGAUCUGCCAACCUCAAAAGACACGGAACAGAGGUUUGUGAAGGAACCUGUCGGUCGUGGACCUCCUAAAUUGUCCAACCUUCGCAAUAAGAUCCACCAAGAUGCACCCCCACUACGAACAAUCACACCAGCUCCUCUCACACCGUACUCACCGGCAAGAUCCAGAGAUGAACUGCCACGCUUUGCUCGUGACACGAAUGCUAGUCGAAUGGCACGAGAGCAUGUUAUUGCUCAACGUGCUCCUUCGGCUCAAGGUGCUCCUCUGGCUGCUCUGACGAAUCAAUGGAAAGCAAAAGUCUCUGCUACUACAGGUCUCAGCAACAUCCACGCACAAUCUGUCAAACCGAAGAAGAUAAGGGGCCCACCACAGAAACCCCAGCUCAUCAAGCCGCUGGGGAAUCUGAACAAUCCGAAGUCCAUCAAGGGAAUGUAUUACAAUCCUUAUACCUACCGCUGGGAAGGUAACGAGAAUGACCUCACACCCUUCGAUGCUCCAGCCUCGUCACCCUCAACUGCUUCGGUGCCAUCCCACAUCUUCCGCGAGAAGGACCCCCAAGUCUAUCGUGAGAAAGAAAACACCACCCCGCGACCCGCUCUCAUCCAGAACAUCACCUCUUCACAAAACGUUCAAGUUGUCGGUGGCAUGGUCUUCGACCCUCAAAGGAUGUGCUGGCUGAAGAUGCCCAGCCAGCCGCAAAACGGCAAGAGCGAGGCUGGUGACACCAUGGAUGGAUUCGAUGCCUUCGAUGACGAAGAAGAUGUAUUCAAGGACGUCCCAGAUCUCGAGGACAAUCCCACGAAAGAGGCGGACGAAGUCGGCGGGAGGAAGAGCGAUGGUGCAAGCACGUUGAAGGACGACUGGCUUGUCGGCGAAGAGUUCGAUGUCGGACCUGAGUUCGUAAAAAGGCAGAGGGAAGAGGAGGAACGAUGGAGAAGGAAGUGCGAGAAGUGGGUUGGCGCUACUCUUGAUCGGGGGGCUGAUGACUGGAGGUGGAGCAUCAGGGAGGUGGUGAAUGAGUAA